AUGGAUCAGGCGAGACCGAUAAAACCGUUUGAUGGGAAGGUUGACCAGUCACAGCUCGCGGCAGAAUGGCGGAAGUGGAAACGUGGAUUGGAGUACUUCUUGGAAGCACAAGGGAUCACAAACCAACGGGACAAGCGUAAUCAGCUGCUUCAUCUCGGGGGACCAGAUCUCCAGGAUAUUUAUGACAACCUACCUGACGUGAACAACGUUCCCAAUGUUUCACCGGAUCCACCUUACUACAACGUUGCUAUUGCCAAGCUGGACGAGCAUUUUCAACCUACUCGGAUGCGAACGUACGAACGACACGUUUUCCGGAAGAUUAAGCAGCAACAAGGGGAAAAGUUCAAUGCUUUUGUGAUGCGUCUGCGAGUCCAGGCAAAUCGCUGUGAGUUCGACCAAUUCGGGACUGAAGUUAUGGAGAGCAUGAUCAUCGACCAGAUCGCGGAGAAGUGCACAUCGGAAGCGCUGCGGAAGAAGAUCCUGGAGAAGGACCGCCCACUCAGCGAGGUGGUGGCGAUAGGAAAAACCAUCGAGGACGUCGAGCUGCAGUGCAAGGAGAUGAAACAGAACAGUGACCAGGAAAACAGGUCGUCGGUGGUGCAUGAAGUACACCAGCACCGGCAGCCACAUCCAGCACGACAAUCGCCUCAUGCGUACGGGCUGUCUUCGUUUAAGGAACAAAACUGGCAAUUUGCUAGGGCGCAGCAGAACGGUUUCAAACGCGAUCAACGUUUGUACCCAGAUCAAAGGGCGGUGUUUAGGCCAAACAGGACGUUGCCUGGUCCACCGGCAAGGUCGCAGCAGCAGUACGCUUACCAGCAGAAAGACGCGGAUAACCGGAUGUGUUUUGCGUGUGGGCGGCGAGGGCACCUUAAGGAGAGCGCAAACUGUCCAGCGAAAGAAGCCCAAUGUGUACAGUGCAAGCGCAUUGGACACUUUGCGAAGUGGUGCACAAAGAGACCACAGGAAGGCGGGAUGUUGCCAAAGAAAAUUCGGAUGGUGGAAGAGAGCGAGGCGGCUCACAAUCCUAAGCGCGAAACGGACGAUAUCUGUUUUGUCAUGGGCCAGAACGUUUUUCGUUUCAAGGUCGGCGGAGUUGAAAUUCCUAUGGCGAUCGACUCGGGAGCUGCAGCAAACUUAAUUGACCUGGCCACUUGGGAGCUGUUACAGAAGUCGGGAGCUGAAGUUGGAUUCCGGAGGUACACAGAUCGAGCGUUCAAGACGGAAGCGGUGUUCUACGUCGCAAGAGACGGUGGCCAAUGCUUGCUGGGAGACGAGACGGCCAAGCGGCUGAAGGUGUUGAAAAUUGGGUUCAACGUUGGUGCGGUAAGAGAGCAGAUGGCGGCGUUCCCGAAGAUUAAGGGAGUCGUAGUGGAAAUCCCGAUCAACAACAACAUACUUCCUGUGCAACAACACUACCGGCGGGUCCCGUUUGCUCUUGAAGACAAGAUUGCACAGAAACUGAACAGUCUGCUAGAACAGGACAUCAUCGAACGAGUGAACGGACCAUCGGCCUGGGUUUCACCGCUGGUUCCGAUUCUCAAGGACUCUGGAGAAAUCCGCUUGUGUGUGGACAUGCGACGUGCGAAUCAGGCUGUUCUCAGAGAGACACAUCCGUUCCCGAUAGUCGAAGAACUAUUUGCGGGGAUAAACGGAGCAAAGAAGUUUUCAAAGUUGGACAUCAGAGAGGCCUACCAUCAAGUCGAGAUUUCCGUACGAUCGAGGGAGAUUACUACGUUCAUAACGAAGCAAGGAUUGUUUCGAUAUAAAAGACUUAUGUUUGGGAUUUCAUGCGCCCCUGAGCUGUUCCAAAAAGUGAUGGAAUCGAUCAUUGCAGGAUUGGAGGGGGUAGUAGUCUAUUUGGAUGACUUACUGGUGACCGGAAGAAAAUGCAUAUUCAACGCAACAUGUUUGGAAUUUCUGGGUUACGAGCUGUCGGAUGAAGGAAUAAAACCGAAGGAAAGCCGGGUGGCGGCGAUUCAAUCAUUUCGGGAGCCUCAAAAUGUUUCAGAACUGCGCAGUUUUCUAGGGCUGGUGACUUAUGUCGGUCGCUUCAUACCGAGUCUCGCUGACAAGACGGAAAGCCUCAGAACCCUACUUCGUUCAGGAGAGAAAUUUGUCUGGAGUGAACAAUGCCAACGCAGUUUCGAGGAGAUUAAACAAGCAGUCAGUAACACUGACUACCUGGGAUAUUACGACCCAAGGGAUCGCUGUACGGUGAUUGCGGAUGCGAGUCCAACAGGAUUGGGAGCGGUGCUUUUGCAGCACGACAAGUACAGCAACACGAGGAUCAUUUCAUUCGCCAGCAAAACACUAACGGACCUAGAACGGAAGUACUGUCAAACCGAGCGAGAAGCCUUAGGACUUGUGUGGGCAGUGGAUAAAUUUCAACUUUACUUGUUGGGGACUCACUUCAAGUUGAUCACGGAUUGCAAGCCACUUUUAUUCCUAUUCAAAGAACGAGCUAAACCAUGUGCAAGGAUCGAAAGGUGGGUUUUGCGACUCCAGUGCUAUCGAUACGAGGUGGAGUACAAACCGGGACCGGAAAACUUGGCGGAUGCCAUCUCCAGACUGGCAACUUCGAAGGCGACGGAGUUUGAUGUUGCAACGGAAGCCUGCAUCUAUCAAGUAGCGAUCACGGUGGUUCCAGACGCCGUCACGUUGCAGGAGGUGGAACAAGGAUCAGCCAAGGAUGAAGUUAUUCAGGAUGUCUUUCGCAGCUUGGAGGAAGGUGUCUGGACGGGCGAUACCAGGGAGUUUAAACCGUUCUACACGGAACUAUGCAGAGUUGGGAAUCUGUUGCUACGAGGCGAUCGCUUAGUUAUUCCCGAAAGCCUUCGAUCACGAACCCUGCAGAUAGCACACGAGUCACACCCUGGGAUCGAAGUCAUGAAAAGGCGGCUGCGAUUGAAGGUGUGGUGGCCUCGUCUUGACAAAGAUGUUGAGAAGUACGUCAAGCAAUGCAAGUGUUGUACACUCGUUUCUGGACAAAACCCACCAGAACCCCUGCAAACAACGAAGAUGCCGGACCGUCCCUGGGCCGACCUCGCCGCGGACUUCCUUGGCCCUUUGCCAUCAGGACAUAAUCUGCUGGUGAUUGUAGACUAUUUUAGUCGGUUUACCGAGAUAAUUGUAAUGAAGCAGAUAACAGCAGCGCAAACGGUUCGAGCGUUGCAUGAAACAUUCUGUCGUUUUGGUUUCCCAGAAUCCCUGAAGACCGACAACGGACCACAGUUCAUAAGCUCCGAGUUACAGAGAUUCUGCAGUCAAUUUGGAAUCGACCACCGAAAGACCACCCCGUAUUGGCCACAGGCCAAUGGUGAGGUGGAACGCAUGAACCGGAAUAUAGUGAAAAGACUGAAAAUCAGCCAGGAAACGGACGGCUCGGAUUGGCAGUGGGAUCUCCGGAUGUUCACGCUCAUGCACAACUCAACUCCUCACUCAACAACGGGAGCACCACCUUCGACUCUAAUGUUCGGGCGUGUUCUGAAGGAUAAACUGCCGGGAUUAGUAACAAAAGGGCACAAGAUCUUGGAAGAGAUCAUCGAUCGAGACGUGGAGAAGAAACUUAAGGGAGCUGAGUACACGGAUAAACGCCGCCAAGCCAGAGCAAGCGAGUUGGAGGUCGGGGACACCGUUGUGGCCAAACGGGUUCAUAAGGAGAACAAGUUGUCGACCGCUUUUGACCCAGAAGAACUGACAAUCAUUGGUAAGACGGGAUCAAGCUUAACAGUGAAGUCUCGAGACACAGGAAGGAUUUAUCAAAGGAAUGUCUCUCACUUGAAAAAGAUUCCCAUAGGUCUCGAUCAGACGACGGACGCAGAAGGACAACUAGACGGAGCUGAGGAUCAACCAUCCGAUGACGGGGAACAGUCACACCUCAACCCAAGCAAUAACGUUGAACUACGACCGCGACGGGCUAUGAAACGUCCAGCACACUUCGAUGAUUACGAAAUCAAUAAUUUGUUUUAAACGCGCAAGAAGUACGACAGUUUCAAACUUCAAAUUUAAGCUUAUAAAUAACUAGGACCUUGACCAACUUUGCAUUAUUAAAUCUGACAUUACUUCUAGUCUUAACUCUUCUUAAACUAAGGGAGGAAUGUAGUAUUGUACAUUGAAAACUAUCGCACCUUUUAUAUGCCACAUUGGAACCACACCAUUUAAUAUACGUCACAAGUCCAGAUAGUAUGGCAACACUGACAUGCUGGAAUAAAACAGUUUACUCUCGACUACGAAACCAA